AUGCAUUGUGGUUUAGCGGGCUUCGUGGAGCCAUGGCAUUUGCACUCGCACUACAAUCUAUUACUGAUCUUCCUGAUGAAUAUGAUUGAAUGCAGCGGUGCCCGAAGUGAACAUGAUGAUCAGGAUUCGCCGAAUGAGGAGAUAUUGGUAGCUCAAUUACCUGGAAAACCCCAGAGCAAUUUAAAGAGGAAGUUUCAGCAGCUGAAGGAGAAGGCUAGCUUCGCUUCAAUUGACAAGAACUUUUUGACCCCAGUAUUUGCAACACCAUCCCGCUCACAUCCGCGUCUUGUGGAGCUCGAUCAAAACAUUACGCCUCCGCAAGCUCAACGUCCAAGUUCUUCUUCAGUUGAUGGAACAGAAAGGAGAGCAGUGGAGAUUGAGCUCUCUCCGGUGGAUGAGUUGUUUCCAAUCGAUGAUGAUAGUAUGACUGUUCCCCUCACUACUGCGCUCUCAUUGCCCCUGGAAGGAGGCCACCUCAGUAGGCGUGCUAGCGCUAAUAGUCAGCAAGGAGGAUGA